AUGGCUCUCGAAUGGGUUGUUUUAGGUUACGCUGCGGCGGCUGAAGCGAUCAUGGUCGUGCUUUUGACUAUGCCGGGGCUCGACGGACUCCGCAAGGGAUUGGUCGCCGUCACGCGCAAUCUCCUGAAACCAUUUCUCUCGAUAGUGCCUUUCUGUCUCUUCCUCUUGAUGGAUAUCUACUGGAAGUACGAGACCAUGCCUUCCUGCGACGGAGAUUCCUGCACACCGUCGGAGCACCUCCGUCACCAGAAAUCAAUUAUGAAAUCCCAGCGAAACGCGCUUCUCAUCGCAGCCGCACUUGUGUUCUACUGGAUCUUAUUCUCCGUCACCAAUUUGGUCGUUAAGAUCGAGCAUCUUAACCAGCGGAUCGAGAGGCUCAAGAAAAAGGAUUGA